GUCUACCUACGAUUAAUAGUAUGGAAUCUUAGAUUCUCAUUUCGUUUAGUAGUGACAGAUUUUGUAAUAACACAUUAGGAGUUAUUUUUAUAUUACUUAGUUUAUAGAUAAAAAAUUAAUUUGAAAAGAUGACCGUUUUCCCUGUUCUAAUUACGGUCAUUAUUACUUUAAUCAAUGGAAUACUUUCCAAAAGUGUUGAGCUAACAUUUGAAUUGCCUGAUAGUGCUGUAGAAUGUUUUUACGAACAAAUUGAAAAAAACACAUCUGCUGCUUUGGAGUACCAGGUGAUAACCGGAGGUCAGUAUGAUGUAGAUGUAAAAGUAGAAGGACCCAAUAAACAAAUAAUAUAUCAACAACAGAAGAUGCAAUAUGAUUCACACCAAUUCACAGCUCAGCAAACAGGUGUAUACAAAGUUUGUUUUAGCAAUGAAUUCAGUACAUUCUCUCAUAAACUUGUAUACAUGGAAUUAAAUGUGGGACCAGAAAAAGCUCUUCCUGGUGUUGGAGACCAUGCUACUGUUCUUACUCAGCUGGAGACAUCAGCAAAUGACAUUCAUUUAGCAUUAAAUCAAAUUAUUGAUCACCAAACUCACCAUCGAUUGCGAGAAGCUCAAAGCCGGAAAAGAGCUGAAGACCUUAAUGAAAGAGUGUUUUGGUGGUCUAUGGGAGAGACUUUUGCUAUUCUUUGUGUGGCUCUAGCUCAGGUCAUGAUUUUGAAGAACUUCUUUAGUGACAAACCCACAUUAUACAGUCGAAUGUAAAUUUAGAUAAUUUAAUAGCAUAUUUAAUUUUAUUAAAAUACUUUUUGGCUUUAUAA